AUGGCUGGCUUUAUUUGUAACGCUACCGCGUUACUAAUAGAAAUUACUGAAGAGGCUAACUGUAUUAAUUGUAAUGGAAAUCUUUUAUUGGAAGUGAGUAAGAUUCUUGCAGAAGUACAGGCUAAAGGUGGUCCUCUUAGUAUCAGUGGAGAGGUAGCUCAUGCCAUCAAUCUCAGUGGACUGAGGGAAGUGUGUAUUAGGAGAGUGGAUAAAGAUGAAGUGACACUUGAUUUGGUUGAAUUCAUAUUUAAAAUUGAUAAAGGAGUGUACAUAUCAAGGAAGCUAUUGUUUGCUGGUAUGCUGUUGAGAGUCAGUGGAUUGUGGACUAAAGGGGAAACUGUCAAGAGUGGAGUGCAUGGUGACUAUUUUCCUUACCUAUUUGUUAUACAUUAUUCUAUGUUGCUAUGAUUCACAUUCUUUCUA